AAUGCUGUUUUGGUAAUGUUGGUUGCUUUGGGCACAUCUGUCCUUACAACCUUUGUCGAGUGGGUAUUCGUCUAUCGGAAGAGUGAAUAUCAAGAAUUACAAGAAAGUGUUGAACAAAUUCAAAAGAGAAUUGAUAAUGCCAAGAAGGAAACAAUUAUUAUUCAUAAAGGAGGAAGUAUUAACAAUUCAAAGGAAGAUCAAAAGUCUUUGAAGAGAAAGAAGGAUAUGUUGACAAGAGAAAGAGAACAACUCAAGGCUAAACAACAAGAAUUGUCCAUGUUCAAGAUGAAGAGUACCGUUAUUGUUGGUAUUAUCAUGAUUGGUGUUUUUGGUUUAUUGAAUAAUACUUUCGAUGGAAGAGUUGUUGCCAAAUUACCAUUCGAACCAAUCUCCCUCUUCCACAUGUUCACUCACAGAAACAUUCCAGGUUCCGACUUUACUGAUUGUGGAAUGCUUUUCAUUUACAUUUUGUGUAGUAAUAGUUUCAAGACUUGUAUUCAAAAGUAUUUCGGAUUGGUUGAUAAGAAUGCUCCAGGAAUGUUCCAAGUGCCAGAUGUUGAUGAAGAAUAAUUGUAAAACUUUAUAAAUAUUAAAUAUAUUAAA